AAAGCCAAUCCCCAAGCCUAAAAAAAAACAGAGUUUGAAAGGGAAAAGGAAACAUCUCUCUGUUUUAUACAGAAAAGGGUCCCACUAAAUGAUCUGACCCUCCAAAUCUCCAAUCACAUUAAGUAUUUUGGAAUAUGCUGGGAGUUCCUCGCACCCAUAUACUCCGAUCAGGUUUAGAGGCCUUAAAGAUCAAAGCUUUGAAAGCCAUCUUAUUUAAGGUUCUUUUGUAUGCGAGAGAGCUUUUGGCGAUGAUGUUUGGGUGCAAGUGCUUUUCUUGGAACACAGUCACCGAUUUCUCGCCGCCUGCUGAGCCCGAACCUUUCUCGCUGCCAGCUUCGAUUCCCAAAUGGCCGGAAGGUGGAAGUUUUGCUUCUGGAAGAAUAAGUCUUGGAGAAUUAGAAGUUAUGAAAAUUACCAGGAUUGAAUACAUUUGGGGCUAUGAUCUGAUGCAAGACAAUAAGAAGGGUAUUUCAUUUUAUAAACCAGUGGGUAUACCUGAUGGAUUCUAUUGCCUUGGCCACUACUGCCAACUUAACAGCCAGCCUUUACGCGGAUUUGUUCUUGUGGCUAGGGAAGUAGGUACUUAUCUGCCAGAAACUUUCAAUGCGUGUGACCCUGAUAAGUCACCAGCUCUUCAAAAGCCCCUUGAUUAUGCCUUAGUAUGGACUUCUGAUGAGGGGAGUGAUGGAAAGUAUGAUGGCUGUGGUUAUGUUUGGCUACCUCAGCCACCUGAGGGUUACAAGCCUGUGGGAUAUUUGGUUACGAAUAAGCCAGACAAGCCUGAGUUGGAUGAAGUAAGAUGUAUUCGAGCUGACCUAACAGACAAAUGCGAAAGUAACCGCCUCAUAUUUGAUGCUAGUCCUAAAUUUCCAAAUUUUCCAUUUCAAGUUUGGGAAACGAGGCCCUUGCACCGGGGAAUGCUCGGGAGAGGAGUUUCUGUAGGGACAUUUUUCUGCAGUGGCUACUGGGACACUAGAGAAGAUCUGCAUAUUGCUUGCUUGAAGAAUCUAAAUCCUAUUUUACCUGCAAUGCCAAACAAUGAUCAGAUUCAUGCACUAAUCCACCACUAUGGACCCACUGUAUUUUUUCAUCCUGAAGAGCUCUUCUUGCCGUCUUCCCUCUCAUGGUUUUUCAAAAAUGGAGCACUGUUGUUCAGAGCUGGCAUUUUAUAUGGUGAGGCUAUUGAUGCAAGCGGCUCAAAUUUGCCAGUCGGGGGAACAAAUGACGGGGAGUUUUGGAUUGACUUGCCGGGUGGUGAUCAGAGAGAGCUUGUCAAACAUGGUAACUUGGAAAGUGCAAAACUUUAUGUUCAUGUAAAGCCAGCUCUAGGUGGUACUUUUACUGACAUUGCAAUGUGGGUUUUCUGCCCCUUCAAUGGGCCGGUUACACUUAAAGUUGGGUUAGUGAAUAUUGCUCUUAGCAAGAUCGGACAGCAUGUGGGUGACUGGGAGCAUUUCACACUCCGCAUUUGCAACUUCACGGGUGAGCUUUGGAGUAUAUACUUCUCACAGCACAGCGGUGGUGUUUGGGUGGAUGCUUAUGAUUUAGAGUACAUAGAGGGAAAUAAAGCUAUUGUUUACUCAUCAAAAAGUGGGCAUGCAAGUUACCCUCAUCCAGGAACCUAUAUCCAGGGGUCCUCAAAGCUUGGAGUUGGAGUGAGAAAUGAUUGUGCUCGAAGUGACUUUUAUGUGGAUUCAAGCAUCCAUUAUGACCUUGUUUCAGCAGAGUAUCUUGGAGAUGAGGUUGUUACAGAACCAUUUUGGUUGCAGUUUAUGAGAGAGUGGGGUCCGACUAUUGUCUACGAUUCAAGAACCGAGCUGGACAAGAUAAUCAAUGUAUUGCCUGUGACGCUUCGAUAUUCAGUGGAGAACAUAUUUGACAAGUUUCCAGUGGAGCUAUAUGGGGAGGAAGGUCCUACCGGGCCGAAGGAGAAGAACAACUGGGUGGGAGAUGAAAGAAGCUAGAGAUUUGUCUCAGAACCACCUUGAUGGUUGUUCUUCUUCAUCUGCUGCUGUUCAUGGUCAUAUACAUACAUGGUUAGUGAGAAUUGUUUGGAGGCUGGUCUUGUUAAACUCUGUAUAUUUGUCAUUUUUUGUAUAUGUAUUCUUAGAUAGACUUGAGUGGCGCUCUAAUUUGAGCUAAGGAUCCUUGGAAGGAGAAGGGAGGAGGGGUGGAUGAAGCAGAGUAUUUUAUUGGGUUUGUCUCCAAGAUGUAGAUUUGUAUAAUGGUGAGAUGUGGAUGUUAUAUAUAUAUAUAUAUCAGAAUCAAUAUUGAAUGAGUUUCAAAUUGUGCAAAUUUUGCCACUAUGUAUAUCGGAAU